AUGAAAGUAGAGGGGGCAUGUUCGUUAUCUUAUUCCUUUCUGCUGUUUGAUGCUGCCGAGGAAGCAUCGCUGAAGGCUCUCAACCCUGCCGUCAUGUCUAAGUCAGAGUUUCCCAAGGAGCCGGAACAGCUGCGGAAGCUCUUCAUUGGAGGGCUGAGCUUUGAAACAACCGACGAGAGUCUGAGGAGCCAUUUUGAGCAAUGGGGAACACUAACCGACUGUGUGGUAAUGAGAGAUCCAAACACCAAGAGAUCCAGGGGCUUUGGGUUUGUCACAUACGCCACUGUGGAAGAAGUGGAUGCUGCCAUGAAUGCAAGACCACACAAAGUGGAUGGAAGAGUUGUGGAACCUAAGAGAGCUGUGUCAAGAGAAGAUUCUCAGAGACCAGGUGCCCACUUAGCUGUGAAAAAGAUCUUUGUUGGCAGUAUUAAAGAAGACACUGAAGAACAUCACCUGCGAGAUUAUUUUGAGCAGUAUGGGAAGAUUGAAGUUGGUGUCUUGUCUAGUCGCCAUCAGAGAGGUUUUCUUCAGCAGCAAAUAGAAGUAUAUAUAGAGAAUCAAAGUGGAGAGAGAGUGACCAAUUGGAGGUCUCCAUUGGGCUACUUGCUUAGGAGCUCUGGAAACUGCACAGGAGAAGAAGAGGAAAAAUUUUACAAGCCAAAGGGUUUGGAGGACUCUAGAAACCAGUUCUAA